AUGGCACGCAUCCCAUACAUGGCAUCCUUCUUUCUCUUUCUGACUAAGAUCAGCGUCAGCCAGAGACAAGUAACAGUUCAGAAGGGCCCUCUGUUCCGGACUGUAGGUUACCCUGCCAGCAUUGGCUGCAAUGUGACUGGCCACCAGGGACCCUUUCAGCAGGAUUUCCAGUGGUCUUUUUACCUGCCAACAGACCCAAGCAGGGAAAUCCAGAUCAUUAGUACCUCGGAUCCACAGUUUACAUACGCGGUUUAUAACACUCGAGUUCAAAGUGGAGACAUCUACAUAGAGAGGCUCCAGGGUAACUCCGUGUUGCUCCACAUCUCAAAUCUCCAGAUGAAGGAUUCUGGCAUAUACGAGUGUCACACGCCCAGCACUGAUGAAAGAUAUUUUGGGGUAUACAGUGCAAAGACAGAGCUCAUUGUUAUUCCAGAUACCCUCUCUGCAGCUAUGACGCCUCAGACACUCCAUAAGGAGGAAGGUGAGCCGUUAGAACUUACCUGUGAGGCGUCGAAAGCCACAACUCAGCACACCCACCUCUCAGUCACCUGGUACUUGAUGCAGGGCCGGGAAAGAAGUCAAGCCACCAAGAUUAUUUCCCUCUCCAGAGAUUUCAUGUUGAUCCCUGGGCCCUCGUAUUCACUAAGGUUCUCAGCCGGUGAUGUGGGUCUCAGCAAGCUUGGGGCCACAACCUUCAGACUCUCCCUCAGGGGUCUCCAGCGCUCCGAUCAAGGUGCGAUCUUCUGUGAGGCCACUGAAUGGAUUCAGGAUCUGAAUGAGACCUGGACACUCAUCGGGAAAAAGCAGACAAAUGGAACAACUCUGAUGAUACGCCCAGCAGAAGGGAAGGUACAUGUCUCCAACGUACGGUGGGCAGAAAACGUUACUGAACAUGGAGAGGCGGCCAUCCCCUGCCACAUGGAAGUCCCCGGAGACUCCACCUCCCUGUUGUCUGUGAUGUGGUUCCGGAACCAAGGCCCAUCUGGUAGUAAAAUGCUCGUACACCUGCAGCGCGAUGGUUUGCUGGAGUAUGGCGAGGAGGAGCUCCGCCUGCACCUGCACUGUUUCCGUGCCAACUCCACAGACUUCAUCUUACAGCUGCGGCAGGUGGAGCUGGAGGAUGCUGGCGAGUACUGGUGCGAGGUGAAUAUGUGGAAGCUGCAUGGCACCAACUGGGUCAACCUCUCAUCUGGCCAGUCCCAGCACCUAGAACUCACCGUGCUGUCUGCAGAGUCCACAUUUGCUGGCAAGAUCUGCUCAUCCACCUGGUUACCCUAUUUGUUAACCAUCUGUCCCUUAAUUGUGAUCUUUCUGCUGCUCAUGGUCCUCUCCUUCUUAUAUUGGAAAGUCAAGAAGUUAUCAACCUAG